UCGCUUCACGGACGCUCCCUUCACAAGGGCCUGGUGCAUUAUGGGAUGCGUGGUGGUGUGUUGCAGAGCGCGGUGGUGCAGGGCCGCUACGGUCAGCGGGCGGGGCUGCAGCUGUUCUUCCUGCGCCAGUGGGGGGACGAGCGUUGGCCCCUCACCCAGCACCGAUCCCUCCGGCUCCUGAGGGCCCCCUUCAUGCCGCGGGCCCCUCCGCUCAGCCACAACACGGUGGCGUCUGAGGGGGUCUUUGACGUCACCCUGGGGAGCUUCCCGUCGGACGUGUCCCUCGCCCGGGUCACAGUGCGUGGCGGCGGCGGCGGAGGGAAGGUGCUCUGGAGCCGGACCACCGGGGGCCACGAGGUGUCUAGGGUCGACCACGGCAACGGGAGCCACUCCUACCAGCUACGGGUCCCGCUCUCGCACGCCGCCGUGAACGAAGAGCAUAGAGCGGCCGGCCACCGGACACGCAGCCUCACGGUGACCUUUGACCUCCGAGUUUCCCCCGGCGGUGAGGUGUUCGCCUAUCCCGCCACCUUGGAGAGCAGCGCUCCAGACCCCGACGAGGGGGACCGUCUGCGGCUGGAGGCCCGCUGCUCGGAGCGCAGCCUGCUGGUGCGGCUGCACUACGGGGCCCGGGGCCCGGACCACCUCCAGUGGGAGCUGUACCUGGGGGGCCGGCGGCUGGACAUGGAGCUGGCCCGGAUGGGGCGGUUCCGUCUGGAGGACCACGAGGACAGCCUCAGCGUGGAGAUCCCCCUCCACGGGCCCGGGAUGGUGUUCGAGGAGGUCACCCUAGGCCGCGUGGGGGUCCGGGCCCAGCUGUCCGUGGUGGGCCUGGGGUCCCGGGAGGAGGAGGACCGGAUCGUCCAGAGGUGCACCUUCACUCCCGGCGAGCUGCUCGCGUGCCUGCCCGACGGACGGGUGGUGGCGGUGGUGGACACCACCCACAGCGCCCCCCCCGUGCAGCCCAACCGCACCACCCUGUUGGAUCCCAGCUGCGUUCCCAUGGAAACGGACAGCGCGCGGGCACUGUUCGUCUUUGACGUGGGGGCCUGUGGCACGACGCUGACGACUGAAGGUGAUCUGCUCAUUUAUGAGAACCAGGUUAGAAAUCAUCAAGAGUUUCUUCCUCUGGUUGGGGACCCGGUGAUAGAGAGAGAUACGCCGUACAGGCUGACCCUCCAGUGUCGCUACCCGGCCAGCGACUCCAGGAACCUCUUUUCGUCCCUGCACGUGUAGCCCAACUCUGGGCCUGGAGCUCCUCACUUCACAGCAGGGACGGCCUCCAGCUACCGCCAAGUUAUGACCCGACACUCGUGGCUAUCCUGGAGCCGGACUGAUUCUCUACCUUGGAAUGCAGACAUUUAUAAGUGAAUCCCUGCGUCGAAUGUUGAUGUGUUCUUUUUUUUAUCCAAUGGCACCUUCUCUGCAAAUAUACCCAUCAAUAAACUCCCUGAUUAGCAAAUGCUUUUCUUUAAUGCUAUGGUAGGCAACUUGGAGAAUCCAGCGAUAGUGAACUAGACUUGAAAAGUAUCCAACUGAAAAGAUCCCACCCCUCCCUUCAAUAACAACAAGAUGAAAUGGAGAAAUAAGCUUGCAUUGCAUUUUUUCUCGCCCUUGUGGGGGCCUGGGUAAAGAGGGAUGCCAUAAAUAUUUGGCCUGUUAAGCCCUUUGAGACUCUAAUGGUGAUUAAGGGCUAUACAAAUACAAUUGAAUUGAAUUAAUAAUUAAAUCACAAAUGUUGGCAUAAUAUAUGGAAUGUAUAUUUUCUAAAGGGUUAUUUAACAGGUUUAUGACAAUCAUCCCCUGAUAGAUGAAUUAUAAAUACCAGGGUGUUUCCAGGGUCAAUCAAUCGAUGGACCCAGCCCAGUCAGACACCCUGUAAGAUGUUAAGAAGUGGAGUGGAUAUAGCUGUUUGCUAAAGCUCCGAAGCCCAGGGUUCGAGUCCAGCUGACAAACUUUGAUGGAACUCUAAUU